AUGCACCCCGAUGCGCACCGUGUGCGUCUUCCAAGCGGUUCCGAGCUCUACUUCACACUACCAAUCCACUUGGACACCCAACAACCCAUGCCGCCCCAAGAUCUCGAAGCGCUUGCUGCAUACCUAGAACGGACUCCACCACACCCCUCAGAAGGACCAAGCGGUCCCACUCACCAGAACAACCUCGAAGUGCGAAGUAUCAUCAGCGACUGGCUCGAAGGCUCCCAGUACCUCGACGACUUGGAGAUGUACGCGUGGGAGUCUGGUCAUGGCUUUCCGAUAUUUGAUGAAUUCGGCAUGCCAGUUGACUUUCAGUGGGUGUGGGAUGUUAUCGCUUUUGAGGGAGGCGAGGAGUUGAUCUCCCGUUAUGUCGAAUAUAUCAACGAUUCUGCUGAGCUACACGCACAAGGUCAUGCCGAAGACCAUGGUGACUCCCUUCAGUCAUCCCACGCUCCUCACACGUCCGACACGCUCAUCCUCAGCUCUCCGAACGAGCAGCCUCAGCAUCACCGCCUCGGCCGGUUCCGUGUGGCAACCCAGUCCGACGGACCCGUCUCCGUAGGUGGAGCUGACUUUGCAAACAUGGACGAUUGUCUAGCAUUCCUGGAUACCCUUACCGACAUCGAAGCGAAGUUGCUCAGUAAGAAUAUUAUACAGUUGGAAGGCGAUAGUUCCACUGGGUUGCGCAUGGUACCUGGACCGAAUGCGAAAUUCCUCCCUAAGCGGACUACGCAGGAUAAGAAGGAAGCUGCUCAGAUUCAAGCAUCCCCAGCUGAUCACCAACUUCGUCAUGCGCAUGUCCGCCAAGCAGACCAACAACCUUCUCAAAUCCACACUAUCACAGCUAAUCCUCCAAGCCGCAACGUGAUCAUUCGCCAAGCAGACCAAGCACCGAAACCCAUUGUUUUCCUCCAACAGAACCCUGCAAAACAAGACCAAAAGCCCGUCCAAGAGCAGAAAUUAACCUUUAAGCGCGUAGAAUCACCACCCAAGCAGACAGUGGCCGCCGAGCUCGACCCAUUCCGCUUCUACGGCCGCGAAAGCUCUCACGGGGUACAAAACCAAGCUGCCAACGACCAGAGGCUGUUGAAAGAGCUCCAAAACCUAUGGGAUCAGUCCCAAGACCUAGCCGAUGAGUACGUCCAGACUUCCACGCAACCCCCUACUUGGCAUGCCAAAGAUCCACGGAAGGCCUAUAACAAGGUAGUAACAAUUGAUCUGCGCGAGCAAGGCGCACCAUCAUUUCGACCUCUAUUCCCGCUCCCCGACGUAGAUCCUUCCAAAAAGUCCAGCAACAAGUCCACUCCCGCUCCCAAGACCGCCCACUCCGCCGCUGCAGAGGCACGUCGUAAACUCUUCGGCGCCGAACCAAGUGCUCACCGCAGUUUGUCGUUCCAAGAGCCUACUCGUCUACCCAUGCGCCCGAGGAUGACUGGUAUGACUCCAAGCCACGGUGCUGGUGUCGACGACCCGGCGAACCGUAUGUGUGGGACGAGUAUGCAUCAGGCGCAUGCGGAGGACAGCCCGGAGGAUUCGCCUCGUCCAGCUCGCAGUUCGUGGAGGGAUGUUUAA